CUCUGUUAGUUGAUCUUCUCAGAUUUCUCCAAAUUUCUGUCCGAUUUUCCAUCUUAUUAUGUCGAUGUUCUCAUACCUUCUAUACAUGUUGAAGAUAGUGACUAAACGAGUGAGUGGCUUAUCAGUUGGAGAGGGAAUAGGGAAGGAUCCAUGAUACUAUUACGAUACGGAGAACGGGCAGCCAAACAAACCGAAGUCGUUGAUAAGGAAGUGCUGUUUGUGUGUGGGGGUUGAUAAGCAUUAGUGAGGACGGUGUGUUCCGAGGCUGACUGGACAGAACAGACGCGCCAAGCCCAGAGCUGGGUUGGUCUCAAUCUCAACCACCAACCUCGGGAAGCCACUCACUCUGGCUUGCUCUUCUUUUCACUUUCAUCUGUCGAGAUCUUUCCUCCCAUAAUAGGAUCAGACACCACCAGACUCUUUCUCUCUCUACGCUCCAACCCCGUAGGUAGUGUCGGUAUUGGGACCUUCUCGAGUCUUGCAGUCAUGGCCUUUCGCAACGGGUCCUUUGCGACCUUUCUCAUCGUGUGCCCAACCAGCUUCUUCCUCGGCAUCAUCUUCUCCCUGUUCCCCUACGACUACCCAAUUCUCUGGUCCACGACCCCGACGCCCGCCACGCAUUUCGACUACUUUGAGUCGCACCUGCGCUUCCUACAUGCCUCUCCGCCCCUUAUUCCGCGCAUCCUCCACAUUGUUAUCUUCUUGGGGCUAGCCGGCCUCGUCACAAAACUCUACCGCCCGUCGGAGAGCAACAUGCUCUUUGAUGGCGCGAGCCUAGUCCUAUACAUGUGUGGUGUGACGGUCUACAUUGCGAAUAUCGUGAAGGGUCUGCGCCUUGUCAGCGCCGGCACCUAUGGCGACGAUCUCCUUGCUGCUGCCGCCGCCGCUGGGGCUGCUGGGAGUGAAGCGCCCGCGGAGGAGGGCCAGAUUCUGGGCCGUGAGGACUCGCUGAAGGUGCUUGCGGCCAGUAACACAAUCCUGGCGCUGGUGCUGGUUGGUGUCCUUGUGUUGCAGGCGGGGCAGUGGUAUGCCGAGCGCAAGGAAGCGCAGGAGGUGGAGAGCUUCAAGGCUGCCUCUGCUGCUGCGACGGCGGCGUCCAGAAAAGGAUCCUCCGCGAAGGACAAGGAGGAUGCUGUGCAGAAGGAAGAGGAGCAGGAUAAAGGGGAGAAGGAUGGUUCUUCUUCUUCUGCUACUGCGACUGCGACUGCGACCGGGCGGGUGACGAGGCAGGCAAGCUCAAGGAAGAAGAAUUAGGGGGGAGGGCCCUGGCCUCCGCAAAUCUAGAGGUCCUAUCGCAAGUACGAGCGCAGGUGAAGGUUUGAGAGGCUUUAGUGAUAUAGGAGAGCGGCAAGAGGAGUCGCUGCGGCUUCGUUGCAAAAAAAUUGAGGCAGGUUUAUUUGUGCUGCGCUGCUGGAGUGGAUCUAUUUUCUCACCAUGGAAGGCUGUGCAAAAAGAAAAAAAAAACGGAACUUAGUCGGUCGGCCUGAAGGUGUGUCCCUGGUAGUUGACCAAGAUCAUUCACCUCUACCCAGUCGAAGAUUGUCCUCCAACUUGUAUAAUUCUUCACAACGGAAGGUAUCAUAGUCUUUCUCCUACCGCAUCAUAUAAUACAAGGAGCUAAGCCUCAUACACCAAUACGGGGAUCUCUAUGUACAAAAAUAGACAGGAAGACAACCCAUU